CGCAACCACACACCUAUAUAUACGCCACCGUCACGCUUGCCCUCUUCUUGCAACUCCUCACACCUUCUCCUCCUCUCCCUCUAUUCACUCCUCACCUCUCUCUACACACACACUCUGUUUCACUCGUCGUCCAUGGAGAUGGAGUGGACGCGCGGGAAAUGCAUAGGGAAGGGCGCGUUCGGCACGGUGCACCUGGCCGUCCACAGGGCCACCGGCCGCGCCUUCGCGGUCAAGUCGGUCGACGCCAAGGGCGGCGCGCCGGCGGCCGCGGCGAUGGCGUGCCUGGAGACCGAGAUAAGGAUCCUGAGGCGGCUGUGCUCGCCGUACGUCGUGGCGUACCUCGGCGAUGACGCCACCGCCGCCUCCAGGAACCUGCACAUGGAGCUCGUCUCGGGCGGGUGCGCGGCGGAUGCAGGCGGCCUUGGCGAGCGCGCGGCGCGGCGCGUCCUGCGGCGGGUGGCCGCCGCUCUGCACUACCUCCACGACGUCGCCGGGGUCGUGCACGGGGACGUCAAGGGGAGGAACGUGCUCGUCGGCGGCGGCGGUGCCGGGUACGGCGGCUCGAAGCUCGCCGAUUUCGGCGCGGCGAGGCUUGUGUCCGAGCCGGCGCCGCGAGGGCCCCGUGGCACGCCGGCUUGGAUGGCGCCGGAGGUGGCCCGCGGCGGCGCGUCGACGCCUGCGUCCGACGUGUGGUCGCUCGGGUGCACGGCGGUGGAGCUGCUCACCGGGAAGCGGCCGUGGUCGGAAAUCGGCGGCGCGCUCGAGGUCGGCGAGCUGCUGCUCCACAUCGGCUACGGCGGGAAGCGGCCAGAGCUCCCCGCGCGCCUCUCCGAGGCCUGCAACGACUUCCUCGACAAGUGCCUCCGCCGCGACGCUGGCGAGCGGUGGAGCUGCGAGCAGCUGCUGCGCCACCCGUUCCUCACCGCGGACCCCCACGACGCCGGCGAGCCGUCGCCGUCCCCGCGAGCGGUUCUUGACUGGGCGGCGGCGUCGGACUCGGACACCGAUGCGUCGUCCGAUUGCCAUCCGGAGGCCGACAUCGAGGACGAGGUGAUCAUCAUGGCGAGCGCCAAGGCGAGGAUUGCCGAAUUGGCAUCAGACACGCCGCGCCCAGGCUGGGUGCGCGAGCUGGAGGAAGGCCCCACCUGGGCGUCCGACACCUGGGCCCCUCCGCCCAAUCUCGAGACGUCAACCGAUGCACUACCACUAGCACCACCGGUACCAUCGCCAUCCGACACUGCCACAGUCGCUGGCGCAGGAUAUGGCGGCGCCGCAAGCCGUGACGGCGUCAUCGUGACCGGCCGGAGCGGCGGCGGCGGCUCCUGCCGCGUCCAAUGCCGUUCCUGGUGCGACGAUCGCCGUGGGUGCCAUAAAUGUGGGUCUGGGUUUGAUCGGCCUAGUUGGCCGCCGUUGGCCGUUGCGCCCGUGCCGGUGUCAUGUACUCUCUUGCGGUUGAAUCAAUCAAUAAAUUCGUUUCAGGAAGCAGCCAAUGAACUGAUGUUUUUAUUACAGCUUCUGGUAGUACGGUUUUUCACAGCACAGAUUCUGGUUCAUGUUUCUGGGUGGUUUUGACUUUUGA